GGUCAAAAUAUAAUACAGAUACUAUUAGUGAUGGAACAUAUGCAGCCAAUACAGCUGGAUAUCAUACAUUAAAAACAGAUGUUCAAACUAGAUGUAAAGAUGAAAAAUUAAAACGACAACUCUUACGAGCACUUCGAAAAAUGUAUAUUGAAGAAAAUGAAGAGAAGAAAUAA